AAGGCAAAUGGCGGGUAAUUUUGCAGACGACCACAAGAUCAGUCGGGAUAUUAUAGUACAGUGAGCUGUGAACAUAUGGAUCUUAAGAAAGUUGUCACUCGAUUUUGGAAGAAAACAGUCUUAUCUAGUCCGAAAAUAUUUGAAAAUCUCAACAAUGAGCUCCAGGAACAGAUUCUUAAUUUGCUUCCAGCUGCUGAAGAAUCAAGCGAAAAUGUGGCUUGGAGUGACGCCCCAAUUGUCAAAAACUCAAGUAAGAAUGAUAAAGAUUCUGGAUUAAAGCUGAGAAGACAAUUAUCUCUGAAAGGGUUGGAAGAAAAAGAGAUCAUAGGAAUGUCUUGGAUCCAAUGUGAUAGCUGCUUAAAAUGGAGAUGUGUGAGCAAGCAGGAAGUUCACAGAUGGUGUGGUGAUGACAAGAAGUGGAUUUGCAAAUUCAACAAAGAUCAGACAAAGAAUAACUGCAAUAUCGAAGAAGAUAAUUUUGAAUCCAUUGAGGAAACUAUGUGUAAAAAGGGAAUUGUGUUUGUAUAUCCAUAUUUAACCCCAGGAGAUAUGGUGAUGGCCAUAAUGGCAGGCUACUGUUGGUGGCCAGCUGUUGUAAGUUUUGAUCCAUUCUAUAACACAUACGUUGAGUACCAGGAAGAAGAGCAAAGGAAACACAAGGACAUGGAAGAGAUUGUUGUAGACAGUUACCAUGUGGAGUUCUUGGGCACCCCUCACUCUCAUGCUUGGAUUUCAAGCAGCUGUAUUCACUUGUUAGAUAGCAACCCUCAAUCAUUAGUUUUAAAGAAGUAUAUGCCUAAAAGUAAGGGUCAUAAAAGCACAUUCAGAGGAAACAGCAUUCAAGGAGCCCUAAAAGAAGCAGAGAUCUUUCAGAAGUUGUCCAAGUCUGUCAGACUGAAAAGAUGUGUCUUCAAUUAUACUGGAAGUGAACACAAUACCAAAAUAGGAAACAAUAACAUCAAUAACAAUAGGGCCAUGACUUCAAGCACCAGAAAAGGAGAACAUAGUUUCUAUGAUAGAUCUAUAUUGGAAUCUAGUUGUGAUAACCCCAAACUCUCCAGAUUGACACAAGUAACAGCACCAUCAACAACAACAGCACCAGUAGUAACAACAACAGCUGCAGUUACCGUGGCGGCAAAAUUCCAGGACACAGGAGCACAAGAAAGCUAUACCCAUUGUAGUCACUCUCUUGUUAAGAGGCAACAUUUCUUUGAUAGUGAAGAAAACAUUGUCUCUGAAUAUAUAGAGAGUAGUUCUGUUGGAUCAGGUACUUCUACAGUCUAUGAGGCAUCUGGCUACCCAAAGACCCCGCGGCGCCCGUGUAGUGACCCGAACAUCAAGGUGAAUCAGAGUAACAGUACAACAGUAAUGACUCGCUUUACAAAGAACCCUACACUAAGCAUGAGUUUGGAAGAAAAACUGACACAAGAUAUAGAGAAUUACCACAGACAUGAAGCAGAUUUUUCAGUGGAUUUGAAAAAGUUCCUGACUUUCAACAAUAUGGACCUUGAGGUCGCAGUGUGGGAAAAUAUCACUAUUGAUCCAUACCAGUUCUACUGUGUGGUACUAGAUGCAGGCGGUUAUAACAAUGUAACAGAAAAAAUGAAGUGGGCUGUUAUAUACCGUGAGGUAACAAAUACUUUACAGAAAAACAGAGGUCGUGUUGCCCGAAGCUAUUAUGAAAGGAAUCUCCUUGCAUAUGAAAUCUACAAAUCUGGAAAUGUUAAAAUCCGACAUGAUACUACACAGCCAAAGACAAAAAGUAAAAGAAAAGUACCUGCAGGAUGGUUGAACAAUAACAACAACCUUACUAAAUACAGUGCUUCAGAUGUUAUUUCAGAUACUCCAGCCAUAUUGGAACAUUUCAUGUUGGUGGAUCAAUACAGUACCUCUUAUCAGUUUGAAUAUGAAAUAUUUCAAGAAACUGAAAACAAAGUAAGAGCAAAUUUAAGAGACUACAUUGAUCCCAGCUCUUACCGCACUCCUGACACUGACUACCAGAUCCUUUUAGGGGACAUAACAUCUAUAGAGAAUUUUACAACUUAUACAGAAGAAGGAAACCUGAAUGUUCCUGAUAUCGGUGAUGCUGGUUCCAUAGAAUCUGUUUUCAGCCUACACAACAAUGACAACAACAACACUGAAACAAAUGGCAACAGAGAAAGCCAUUUUGCAGAACUGAAAGUCUUACAGAAUCAGAUUGAAGAUCUUGACUUCAUGAUUUGUUUGUAAAUGUGUGUGUGUGUGUCUGUGUAUGUGUGCAUGUAUGAGUGAAGGUGAGUGCGUAUUGAUGUGGAUAUUAAUGUAUGUGUGCUUAGAUAUGAGUACGAAUGUAUGUGUGGCUGUAUGAGUCUAUUAUGUAGAUGUGGAUAUGAGUAUGUCUGAAUGUGUAGGUAUGUGUUUAAGUGCUAAUGUAUGUGUAGAUGUGGUGUAAACGUAGGUAUGAAUGUGUGUGUGAAUAUGUGUGUGGAUGUGAAUGUAUGAGCAUCUGCAUAAAUGUGAAUUUGUGCAUGGGAAUGUGUGUGUGUGUGUGUGCAUGCGUGUGUAUGUGUGUAUCUGGAUGUGACUAUAAAGGAGUAUGUAUGUGUGUAUAAAAAUGAAUGUGUA